CUCUGGGAAGAGAGGUUCAUCUUCACUCGGAAAAGUUAACUUCUAAUCCUUCAUUUGCAAAGUGACCCUUCGUUUUUAUUUUUCAAGCAAAGAUGUCCGAGAAAUUGCUCGUCAUCGACACCGAUUGCGGCAUCGACGACGCCCAGGCCAUCCUGGUGGCUUUGGCGGCGCCGCACGUCCGCGUCCUGGCAGCCACCUGUGUGUUCGGGAACGCGUCUGUAGACGAUGUGUGCCAGAAUGUGUUGAGGGUGCUUGCAGUGGGUCAGCGGGAGCAGAUCCCGGUGUUCCGAGGAUCUGCCGGGCCCCUGCUCGGGACCGCCGGCACCGACACACCCUGCGACCACUUCGGCACGGACGGCCUUGGGGAUGUUUUCAAGGACAAGGACCCCCAGUGGGAGGCGAAAAUCCGGAGGGAACACGCGGUAAGCGCCAUGGUGCGUCUGGUGGCGGAGAACCCCGCGCAGGUGACACUGGUGGCCCUGGGUCCACUUACCAACCUGGCGCUGGCCGCCAGGCUGGACCCAAGCUUCCCCGGAAAGCUUAAAAAACUUUACAUCAUGGGCGGCAACAUGGAAGGGAAAGGGAACGUGUCCCUGUGUGCCGAGUUCAACUUUGCCAUGGAUCCUGAGGCCGCUUACGUGGUUCUGGAGGAGUUUUUAUGCCCAACCUACAUGGCGACGUGGGAAUACGCCUGCAGAAACGCGCUGUCGUGGGAUUUCUUCGAGGAGCUGACGAGCCAAGACACGGCAGCGUCCCGCUUUAUGAAGACCGCCACGUCCCGUUGCUGGGCCUACUCCCAGGAGGCUCUAAGCAAGAAGCGCGGCCUUCACUUCGGGGCUGGCUUUGUCUCCUUUGACUCGUACGCGGUGGCUGCCUGCGUGGAUGCCGGCGUGGUGGCCGAGAGCGUGCGCUGUCCUGUGCGCGUGGAGCUGCAGGGCGCCAUGUGCCGCGGCAUGAUGGUCUUGGACCGCGUGGGCAGGCUCAAGAAGCAGCACAGCGUGACGGUGUUCACCAAAUGCAACAAGGACAGGUUGGCGAGGCUGUUGCUCGAGUCGCUCAGGCAGCCCCCUGGGAGCCCUGAUGCUGGAAAAUAAAUUCCCAGAUUAAUUCCAUCCAAUAAUCAAUCAAGACUACAUUAGAAGAAAAUGUAAGUAUCAUACUUCAUAAAAAAUAUAUUACAAUUACAGUAAAAAUUGGCUUCAGUUGAUUUUUUAUUCAAGCAGGGUUUUUUUUUUUUGCUAUACAUAAUUUCUGCCUUUUGCAUAAAUUGACAUUGUGCGACUGUGCACACCGUGACCACUUGGGGGCAGUAUAAGACAUUGAAAAAGCGUGUAGCGGAGUCUCGUUUGUCUCAAGUGGCCACUAUUUUGUAAAAUCUUGUGAAUAACACGGUUAACUCCUUAUUUCUUCAUUUUAAAAUCUCUUAACACGUUUAAAUGCUUUAAAAGUAAUUUACAGUAUGUAAAUGCAUAUUGACACGUUUUGUAUGAAAUGUCUUGUAAAUCUCCUAUUACAACCCCUCAGUACUGCCCAGGUGGUGGUAAAUGUCUAAACAAUUUAAACUUUUUCAUUUCUGAAGCACCUUUUGUCGUGCCCCACUUUGAUUUGGCAUCUUUUGGUUUUGCAAAAAAAGUGACCAUUAUUUGUGAUUUUACAGUAAAUGUGCAACUUGACAUCUAUGCCCAUUCAGGACAAAUGGCAGCAAAUAUCAGGAAUAAAGCACAAUCACUGCAAAUCAGAAAAUAUUGAGACCCAGAAGGAGGUGCUGUGCUGAAAUUCUUUAUUGUAAUUUUCUGACAAAUGAAGGCCUGGUGUAAUUCAAACCUCAAACUCAAGUAAUUGUUGGACUUUUAAAACGGGGAGCCAUUUCAUGAAACGUCCAAUCAGAGCCAAGGUCGCUGUCCAAUCUGAGCUGCUGCGCGCUUGGCUGAAAGUCCAUGAAACUGAUUGCAAUAAAACUCUUGAAAAACGUUGAA